CUCUCUCUCUCUCUCUCUAUCUCUCCCUUCCUCCAUGGCCAAAGGUGGCAAGCUCACCAAGCUCAAGUCCGUCCUCAAGAAGUGGAACUCCUUCGGCCGCGCCAGCAGCAACGGCGCCGCCUCCGGCCGCCGCCGCAGCAGCAGCAACAUCUCCGCCGUCUCCGACGACGGCGGCGCCCCCGCCUCCCCCACCGCCGUCUCCCCAUCCGACCUCCACCCCGUCUACGUCGGCAAGUCCCGGCGCCGCUACCUCGUCGGCCCCGCCGUCCUCCGCCACCCGCUCUUCCGCGAGCUCGUCGAGCGGUCCUCCCCCGGGGACGACUGCGCCCCCAACGACGACGAGACGGCUGCCGUCAGCGUGGCCUGCGAGGUGGUGCUGUUCGAGCACCUGCUGUGGAUGCUCGAGAACGCUGACCCCCAGCCCGGGUCCAUGGACGAGCUCGUCGAGUUCUACGCUUGCUGAGCGAGUCCAGACCACGACCUUCUGACUCGGUGCCUGCACGACGCCGUAUAAAAGCUGUAUAUUCUUUUCGAAGGUAAUAACGCGAUUAGCUGGGGCGUAGAAAGUUUCAAACGAUGCUGAGCAACAUACUAAGACACUGCUAGAGAGAAAAACGUUACCGCUCGCGAGUUGCUCGUGUUGUGUGACUCGGUGAGAGCGAGGAUUGACCUAUUUUUACGCCGGCUAAUCUCGAUUCUGGAUGGCUGGUGACGAAAGGAUUAAUUGCGAUUCCCAUGUAAUUGUACUCUUGUUCAGUUAUAUAUUCAGAGUGAUGUUCGUUU